UUAUUUUCUGUUUUCCUCAGGAAGAGAAGUUCCGCAAAGAAAUCGUCGAUUUAUUCCGGACGAAAACAUCGCGGCGUUUCAAAGUGAUGAAAAAAUAAGAUCAUAGGAAAGUUCGGGAGUGUCAACAAUGAGACGAUACGGACAAUGGUAUUCUUCGCGCUUCGCCUCACAGUCUAUUAUAACUAUGAUGUGGAUUCGACCAAAAAUGAACCUCGCACUUCCAAGUGAUCUGAUUUGCAUCCAGUGUUACGUGUCGUAAAAACGCUGUUAAGUGAAGAAACAUGACGGGACUUGUGCUGUCAACAGAGCAUCAGCACGGAGACAAUCCGGAAAGCACAGAUACUUGCGCAAACACUCACCCCCAGCAUCCACCAACGCGAUUCGAUUCCAUGCCUUUCAAGACGAUCGUUGCAGUAUUCGACAAGCUUCCACUUCACGACGCCUUGGCAUUCAUCAACGCAUUUCCCGCGCACAACGUCACAUGGUCCAGCUCACCGCAACUCUGGGAAAACAUCAUUAUUUCCAACGCGUGCAUAGAAAACCUCCGGGCUGAGCAAUUCUUCGCUGUUAUCUCGCAACACGUAAAACACGUCACAGUCCGAGCGCCGCAAGGCAAAUUCAUUCCGGGCAAGUUGGAGUUCUUUCUCGAUGCCAUGUUCCGUCACAAGACCCGAGAGGGUUUCUCUGUGCACAUAGAGAGCAAUCGCGCCAGCGCGGGUGUGCGUAAGUAUCUGACGCUCAAGGCCCCGCCAUGUUGGGUGGCAAGUUGCAGGCGACGCCCUCUAUCGUUGCCUUCUCCCGCUUGGAAGCUGGGCACACUGAAGCUCAAGCACCGUCACGUGGAUUUUAAAACUUGGGCGCGACUCACGCCUUUGAUAAACACCCUCUUUGCCCGUGAUUCGGUUCUGCACAGGGUGCAUUUUUGGAGAGACUUUUCCAGUUUGAGGGUCCUGGACUUGUCACGUUGCGCAGCAGAGCGCGAAAGUGUUGCGCGCGGGAUCUACAGCAUGUACUGCUCCGCGGGGUACCCGAGGAACCUGGAGUACUUUUACGCCGAGGAGUGCGAGAACGACGUUCUCAUGGCUCUGGGAGUGUUUUACCCCAUCAAGUGUUACUUCCACGAGUACGUUUGCGGCGGGAGUCCUUGGUUGUUGGAAGAAAACGAAAAGCCGCUGGAACUUCCAGUUCCUCACCAGAUUUUCCGCAAAACGAACACGGUGUCGGUUGCAGGGUGCCGCGGUUUCGACGACGAGUGUUGCACUUUGCUAGCAGAAGAAUAUGCUCCGAACCUCCGCCACGUCAACUUCUCCGGUUCCGGAAUAUCACCGCACAGAGCGGAGCAAUUCCGCACAGAGCGCCCAAAUGUCGACGUUAUCUACGGGGCUUUUCCUGUGCGCAGUCCUCGUACCUCUGGAAAGAUAAUCUGAAUGAUUUUUUUUGCUUUAUACAGUAGCUGAAAAAUGUAGCUAUAUAAAUGAAUAAAAAUUGACGAUGGAAGACCAAGAUGUACAGAGCUUGUGAAACAGGACUUCCUGUGAUGUAAG